GGUAAAUCACCUGAGGCAACACUAAAGCAGCAGUAGAGCAGAGACCUCGAGAGACUAUCCAAACUCGCAGUCAUGGCCUAUAACCUGUAUCAAGUCCAGAUGGCCAAGGCCUGGGCCGAGCGCAUCGACAAGGAGAAUGCCAUGGCCGAGAAGUUUUGGCACAGCCAGAGUCUAAAAGGCUCCACGUCGCUGCCGGCCAGCCCGUCGGCCGGUCGGUCUCCGCACGUUGGGGCGCACUACUUCACGGACUCGGCGGAGGUGCGCUCGCAAGCCGGUUCCGUUGGGCCCGCCCGGUCCGCCGCCCCCACCGGUUUCACCAGCAAGACCUCGUACCUCAAGUCCCGGAUGGAGCAGCUGGAGGUGGCGCUGCAGGAGGAGCGCGAGAGCCGCAAGAAGGUGGAGGCUGACCUGAACCACCUGCGCAGCAGCCUGAAGCGCUGAAUGAGGAUUCAAGGAGUUGAGAGGAGGGAGGCAUCUCCUGUGUCGGAGGCGCCGCUUCAUAGCGAAGCAGGGCUGCAGGGCUGCGUGGCGGCCACGGCACCGGCAGGGCAAACGGUGCCGCGCCUUGGCAGGACGGGGGCCGGCUGCUUUGCGGCGGCAGUAGCAGCAACCGCGAUGGCAGCAGCAGCAACAGCAGCAGCAGCCAUGGCCUCCCGUGUGGGAGCAUGGGGCGGCGUCGUGGGGUGCGCCGCGCUACUUGUGGGCACUUGGCUUGGCGCGAUGUGUAGAGCUCGUGGCCCAGGCCUUACGCGGCCCUUCAGCGGCCUGUGGACUGUGUCGGCGUGUCGGCGUGGUUGUGGUCGUAGUCGUGGUCGGCAAGCGUCGGUCGGCAGCUGUUGGGAAGCUGGCCUGUGAGCAGGUGUUUGUGGCUGGGGCGAUGGGUACGUGCUGCGCGUGUGUAGGCUGUAGCUGUGUGGGAGAACUGGGGAGGUGUCGGCACGCGACGCACCUGCGCUGCGCUGCGUCCCUUGUCUUUCUGUGUGGAAGGGCGGAGGCGGGCAGCCUAUGCUGGCAUCGAGGUACUGAAGCCGAAUCUAUCUGAAGUAAAGGCUUGUUGUUGCUUAGCUUAGGCUCGAGUAUGAGUUUGGUAGCAUAGGACCAGGCUUAGGGCCCUAAUAUUCAUGCGUUCGGUGAUCUUGCUAGCGAUAGCAAUCAGGUUACUUCCAAAACUGCAGAUAGUGUUCGCUUUACUCUGGCGCUCUCGUCGUUGGCAGGUGGCUGUGACGAUGUGAGGCGUGGCGGAUUUGGUCAAGGCGCGUGCACGUGCCGUCUGAAGGACGAGCAUAGCAGCUCACGAGCAGGGGAGGCGUGCGAGCGCCCGCUGCGACAAAAGGGUGUGUUUGACGCUCGGUGCGGAGUGUUGCAGGUAGGCAGGAAAGGGCAGGAAGCGGUGUGGGUCGGCUUGUGGGUCGGCGCGUGAGCUGACAGAAUAACAGGCAGGUGCUGUGGCAGGUAUUGUGGCAGGUGCUGUGGCAGGUGCUAUGGCAGGUGCUGUGGCAAAUGUUCUGCAGGAAUAAACAAGGGGUGUCAGCUUUGUACAGCUGGAAAAUGGGCUGAGCCCCCGUACGCUUGGGAGCUAAUAGGGUGUAACGCCCCGUCAGA